GCGGUGCGGACAAUGCAGCAAGCCGUUUGAUAAGCGUGGGUUGCUCAGCUCCCCCCCGCCGGGCAAAAUUGAGACCAUGACUGACAACCUGGCAUCCAUGAAGAGUCCACGCUCAAGAGACAUGUAUACUAUUGUCGUUCUCGGGGCGCCACCACGACCAGCCGACUCCGUUCUUGCAUUCCCUGCGCGAAGGUGAAAGCGGGUUGCGAUAAGAGGCAUCCAGGAUGCUCGAGAUGCACAACCAAAGCCAUUGAAUGCCACUAUCCAGCGGGCACCCCCAGAGCUGCGUCGUCAGGAACCCAGCAGACCGGUAGUGACCCGGCCAGGCAGCAGAACAUGACGCUUACCCCUUUGACAGGCCGUCCUGCUGUCGGCGGUACCCAGCAAGUAAGCAGCAGCGAUCAGCUGCUCCUCGAUGGGGCUCUUGCUGGGCUGCCGGGCCAGGACUUUGUAAACCUUGGAGGCGACUUUCUCGGGUGGAAUAACGCCGGCAUCAACUUGCCUGACUUCUUGGACACACACACUGACGACUCUUACCUUUCGCCGGAAUCUCCAAAUUUGUUUCAGCAGUCAGUGGCUUCGGCAUUCCAGCCACGACAAGGCCUAUCCACUCCAGAGUCUUCGAUACCAGCCACACCCUCGAUACCGAACUCACCGACGUCCACAGUUCGAUCACUGGUCCAGCGCCCAAACAUACAACGUGGGACACAGAGGGUUGCCAGUCUCAUUCUUCAUACCCUCAAGUCUUAUCCUGUCAUGAUGCUGCGUCAUAAUGCCCUUCCGCCUUUUGUUCACCCAUAUCUGCUGUCGCUCGACAUAGAGAGCGUCCAUAUGGAACCACUGACCAACUGCAUAAGCUUGGUGCACAUGAUCAGCAGCGACGUCCGCGGGAGUCGGAAUCUUUUUUGGAAGAACGUGCGGAUGGAAUGUGAACGCGUCAUUGCAGAUUAUCAGCAGCUCAGCCGAUGGGGACUACUUGCAGCCAUACAAGCCCUGUCCAUCUAUGUCCUCAUCAGGUUGAACGAGGGCGAGACUGAGCACAACAACGUUGACUUCUUGUUGGUGAGAGCGGUUACCCUAACGGCCCAGCAACUCACCCGAAGUGAGGUUACCUGUCAUACCCAGUGUGCGUCAUGCAACAAAGGAUUACAGACCAGCUGGGAGGAGUGGAUUUUUCGAGAAUCUAGGCGAAGGCUAGCCGUAGUCUACCGCGUAGUCAACAUGCUCAUCUAUUUUGAGCCCGGUGCUCUUUGCAAUCUCCCCUCGGGCCUCGUCCUCGCCCCGCUGCCGGCGAGGAGGCAGCUUUGGGAAGCGGCAGAUGGGUUUGCGUGGAAAACCGAAAGCCAGAAGGAGCCUGGUCUCCAAAUAUCUUUUGGGCUGGCUCGAGACGGCGAGUUAGUCAAGGUGGAUGAAGGGCGGCUGUCUUGCAGUGAUGCAUGGUUAUCUCACGACUCUGGGGAUGCAGAAAAUUUGUCGAGGAGCAUCGCGAACUGGGAGGACUGGUGUUCCGGCAUGGACGCCUUUGGCGGACUUGUCAUGCUUGCUGCUUCUUUAAUAUCCUAAAUUUCCCCUCUAAAAUAGUAUGCCAGAUCUCGAUCGAAGAACAAUCACGUUUCAGUGCG